AUGUCGAAGUACACAAAUGAAACGGAUUUUAUCUGUGAAGAACCUUGUUGGUUUUUGUGGUGGAUUUUUGAAUCAUCUGCCAGUGAAUUAAAACAACUUUUAGCGCCUAAGCGAGGCUGUUCACGUUUUGCUGUGGUUUAUUCUUGCUUUCAUUUGGUAGUACUUGUAAAGAGACAUGGGCGCCAGGCUGUUUUUGAGCAAUAAAUUAACGCUUCACCUCCAAAUCCUCGAGACAUUUUCGGGGUGUCGAUCCUAACUUGAGGCUGUAAUGGAUAAAUGUCUUUCUUCAAGUCAUUAAAAAUAGAAAUUCUCCAGAUAAUUAACGCUUUUUUGAAAGGUUGAGGGUGUUAGGAUAUGGUAGUUUCUUAGUGGAAAGUCA